GCUUGUAAUUCUUGUAGGAUGAAGAUGAAAAAGAGAAAAAGGAAGAAGAAGAAAAGGCUGAAAAAGAGAAAGCAGAAAAGGAGAAGGCAGAAAAAGAAAAAGCUGAAAAAGAGAAGAAAGAGCCAGAACCUAACUUUAUGAUGUUGUCUAACCCAGCACGUGUGAUGAAGGCUCAACUUAAAGUCCUAACUCUCCCUGACGGCCGAUACGUCCCUGUCAAAGAUGUGUCUAAUGGCGGUAUCAUCAUGCUGAGUAACACCAAGCCAGAGGAACAGGAGGACAUCAUAGAGCCUGUCGCUGCUGGUGGGCCAAAGACUGAGGAGGAGGAGGAACCCGAACCCCCAGAGCCAUUCGAGUGGACCGAAGAUUGACGAGUCACAUAGGAGUCAAUUAACAGAUGACUGGAUAUUGACCUUGAACGAAAUUUCAUUGGAUUAUAUUUAGAAGUCGUUUUUAGUGUUUUCAUUAAUUUAAACAGUCAAUAAAAUUAACUCAAUUGUUUUUAUUUGAAGUUAAGAAAUAGAACUUCCUUAAAGAAAAAAAUGCCUACAAAGUGCUUUAUUGAAACGAAGAGUACCACAUUGGAUUACUUGUGGAAGAAGAUCGCGCAGAGGCCUACAGCUACACAAUAGAUGUGGUGGACAAAAUAUGGACAAAUUAACUAGUGACUACAUGAAGAGUAUUUCAUAUAACAAUGUAUAUGUAUAACAUAUAGAUAAAUUACACGUAACGAAGGUACAUCGAUCAGCUACUUCCAAAAUGAGGAGAGUAGAUAAAAAAUUACCGGACUUAAACAUCAGAUUCGGUUAUAACUGCCUGGCAUGAUUUUUUAAUUGAUGUUGUCUCCAAUUAUUGUGACAAAUAAAAUCUUCUCACUUAA